AUGGCUACAGUAACCGUCACAACUACUGAAGGCGGCGUGGACCCACUGCAGACUAAAGAUAUCGCGACUCGCCUAUUGAACGGCACACUUCACUCCCAGUGGCCCGCGUUUGAACAGUUCGCAACCAUCGAUGGCUUGUUGAAAUCUCAUGCCGCUCAGCCAGAUCAGGCGCAGCGGCCUCUGGUAUGCUAUCCGAUUCGCGGAGCGGCGGAUUUCGAGGAGCACACAGCAAGCGACAUCGAUCGGUAUACUGAUAUCGCUGUUCGCUUUUACAUGCAGCAAGGACUAGUACCUGCGGACCCAAGUCUCGAGCAGGCGCCUGUUGUUGCUAUGCUAGCUGGAUCUAGCUUUGAGGUUGUGGUGACUUUCUUCGCGCUGAAUCGUCUUGGCUAUGCCGUUCUUUUCUUGUCAACGCGUCUCACGGCCCCGGCUUAUAUCCGACUAAUGGAUAUGGCACAUUGUAGCGAGAUUAUCAUCGCAAAACACUUUCAGCAAGUUGCAACUGAAAUUUGUACUGAGAGUCCCGGCUGCAGUAGCUUCUCUGUGCUACAAAGAGAGGACUGGUUCAAUCGUCCUGUUAGCAUUCCUCACUUUGAACGCCCCAGCGCAGAUCCAUCACGAGAAGGCAAGAAGAUUGCUUGGAUCCUACAUUCAUCGGGGAGUACCGGUUUCCCGAAACCAAUUUUCCUUACUAACCUUCAAACUCUUGCCAAUUUCCGCAAGAGCUUCGGUCUGCGCCUCUUCACCAUCAGCCCGCUCUUCCAUUCCCAUGCUCUGAUGGAGCUCGGACGGGCACUAUUUACAAGAGCACCAGCAUACUUGGGAAACCAUUCUCUUGCAGUCACAUACCAAAAUCUUUUCGAUGCCCUCCAGGUGGCCCGGCCACAGCAAAUCAGUGCGGUGCCAUAUGUGAUCAAACUACUGGCAGAGAAGCAAGAAGGUAUCCAAGCACUGGCUAGGCCGCAGCUCGUGCUAUAUGGCGGCUCCAGCUGCCCAGAUGAUCUUGGCGACCGUCUUGUUGCACAGGGUGUGAACCUGGUUGCCAACUAUGGAGCGACGGAGACGGGACAAAUCAUGACAUCUUUCCGAGCCCCCGAAGAUAAAGAGUGGCAGUAUAUGCGGCUGCACCGACCUGUUGCUGAUCUCACUCUGAUGGAUGAGAUCUCGCCCGGGGUUUUUGAAUGUGUUGCGUUGGAUGGCCUGCCAAGCAAGGGUCCCUCGAAUUCAAAAGCACCGUAUAGCACAAAGAACCCAGAGAACUCUUUCAGAACAGCCGAUUUGUUCACCAGACAUGCGGAUCCCGAGAAAAGCAAUUACUACAAGUAUUUGAGUCGGCUGGAUGACCGAAUCACACUGGUCAACGGCGAAAAGGUGCUUCCUAUUCCCAUUGAAGGUCGGGUGAGAGAAGAGCCUAUUGUUAGUGACUGCGUUGUGUUUGGCUUCCAGCGGACUGUGCCUGGGGCUUUGAUUUUCCGCGCUCCUGGAAAGGUACCUCACUUGAGCGACGAUGAGUUUUUGGAAGCUAUCUGGCCAGCGAUUGAAGCCGCAAAUGCUCGCGCCGAGACGUUCUCCCGUAUCCCCAAGGAGCUUGUCGUGAUCAAGAGUGCUGAUGUUGUAUACCCUAGAACUGACAAAGGGACCUGUAUCCGCGCUCAGGUCUAUCAGCAAUUUGAGGAGGAUAUCAAGCAGGUGUAUGCCAAGUUUGAAGGGAGUGGCCAGAAACGAGGUUCCCUCGCUCUCAGUAUUCCAGAACUGGAGAAUUGGCUCCUGUCAAGAUUCAGCGAAGACUUGGGCGUACAGAUAUCCAGUCCUGAGACCGACAUCUUCUCAGCUGGAGUCGACAGCUUGCAGACGACGCAAAUUUGGAGGUGCAUCAUGCGCGAUAUUGAUGUCGGCGAGCAAGGAGACCAGCUUUCCCAGAAUAUUGUCUUUGAGAAAGGCACUGUCAAUGCACUCGCAAAACAUCUCUAUCAGAUAAGAACUGGCCAAGAAUCCGAGAAGGAAGACGAGCUUCAUUCCAUGCGCGAGAUGAUCGAAAAGUACUCCCACUUCACUCAACACUUCCCAACCACCACCCGGAACCCAGAAACAGAGGUGGUAAUGGUCACAGGCGCAACCGGCAAUCUCGGAGCCUUCAUUGUCUCAGAAUUACUGAAGCGACCAGCAGUCUCUGAAGUCUGGGCAGUCGUGCGGGCACCAGGACAAGCAGCGGCAGGAGCUCGUCUCUACAAAUCGCUAGCCGAUCGCAACAUCUCUCUCACCGAUAUCGAGGCCGCAAAACUCCACGCCGUCCCUGGCGAUAUGUCGCAAUCCAACCUCGGUCUCAAGGACCACGAUCUGCAACACUUGCUCUCAUCCUUGACAUGCGUCAUUCACAGUGCCUGGGCUGUGAACUUCAACCUAGGCGUACGGUCCUUCGAGCAGCAGCAUGUCCGCGGAACACACAACCUCAUCAACCUCUGUCUGCGUUCCCAUUUACCCUCUCCUGCAAAGUUUUUCUUCUGCUCUAGUAUAAGCGCUGCAAGCAACACGCCCAAACCUGCAUCGAUUCCCGAGACCAUGAUUGAGAAUUUGGAGCACGCACAGAAAACAGGGUAUGGCAGGUCGAAGCUGGUAACUGAACACAUCACCCGCAACGCCAUGCGUCAGACGGGUAUGCACGCCCGCGUUCUGAGAAUCGGUCAGCUUGGCGGCGAUACGGUUAGUGCACAAUGGAAUGAGACGGAAGCCGUUGCGCUCAUGUUCCGAAGCGCAUUGUCGACGGGUGCAUUACCUGAACUCCAUGAGCGGCUGAGUUGGUUGCCUGUUGAUCAGUGUGGUCGGGCUAUUUCGGAUAUCGCGAUGAAUGUUGCUGGAUCAUCCGAUAUCGAUAUGGUGUACCAUUUGGUUAAUCCACAGUCCUUUAGCUGGAAGCAUGAUUUGCUUCCUGCUUUGAGACAAGGAUCGGCCUUGCCGGAGUUUGAGGUCGUGGCUCCGCAGGAGUGGCUGAGCAGAUUAGAGGGCAGUGAGCAAGAUCCAGGGAAGAAUCCGAGUGUUAAGCUCAUUGAUUUCUGGAGAACCAAGUAUGCAGGUCAGGGCCAGUCAGAGGCCGGAUUAGAGGGAAAUAAAGUGGCUGGUCUUAUGUUCGAAACUGAGCUUACGAUCCGAGACUGCUCCUUCUUGGCACUUGUGGAAGACCCCGUUGCUGGUGGUUUGAUACAAAGGUAUAUUGACUCGUGGAUGGGUCGAUGGACUAUUAAGUAG